UCAACAUCGGAGAGAUAUUCACUUAGGUUUGAAUUAUUGGAGAUGUUAGACCAACUUAAUAUAUUUCUGCUCAUGUGACGUAAAACGGGAUACUUGUGACGUUGGAACUUGUGGCUUGGACAUGGUAGAACAGAUUAAAGAUCAACUCUAAUUCUAGAGGGGAUCAACUAGUCCUGAAUUUAUCGGAUAACUAACAACUUUUAAGUAUAUCAACUUAUUUAAGACCAAGGAUAUACUUGUUAAAACUCACCUGUGUCGUGGACAAUAAGGUAGAAAAUCUUUCAAACAUUUCAAGAACAAAUAAAACGUGAUUGAUUGCUUCAUCUUUGUGGCGGACACAUCGAACUUUUUAUUAUUGCAUAGAGACUUUUUAUUUUAACGGAAUUAAAAUUGUUUGUGUGUUUUGUUGAAGUUGAUAAUUGUGAUCCGAUGUGUGUUUAACGUCCGCUUUAACAUUAUAUACAAAUCUAUGUUCAUGCAAGAUACGGUAUCUGCCUGAAUAUUUACAAAAAAACAACACGUUCAAACAAGAGUACAUUAUGAUUUUUCAAACCGGUUAAAAUCAAUGGAAAGCAUCAUCUGUGACGUCAACGCACACCACCCGCUAAUGACGUCAUCUGAAUGACACGUCACAAAAUGAAUGGAAUAAGUUUACCACCGAUUCCUGGGGCAGCGGCUAGUUCCAGACCCACAUCUUCCAGUAGUAGUACCGGAAGUACAUCAUUUACACUGGUGCCUCGAGUCUAUUAUACUCAACACAAUGUGUUUAAACGAGCUGCGGGAGCCACUCCUGUACCCAGAGCCAAUGGCCGUUUACCCCCUUUACGUCACGGCGGCCAUAAUCGAGGCAGGGGAAAUCCACUGCAUGAUAUAAGAGCCAGAUUUUCUGCUAAAUACAGAAGAGCUGCCGGUGUGGAGUCGCGACUUUGUGCAAGUUCUCCUUUUUUACCAAAGACUUCUACCGAAGAUUGUUUGAAAUGUUUGAUGAAAGUUCCUCAUAAGAAAUGUGAAUCACAUAAAUAUAUACGUAUAGGAGGUGGUUAUAGACAUGGAUAUUGGUAUAUUAAAUGUUUGUUAGAAGAAAUAGAACUACAGAAACAACGAGAACUUAUAAAGCAGAGAAGACUUGAAGCCAUAAAGGAACACAAAGUGCGAGCUAUCAAGACUUACAUUAGAACAAAGAGUGGUAGGUUGGUGGAGAAGGUCAUCUUUCUGUCGGAAGAGGACUAUGAAGCAUUUAAAUCGGGAAAAGGUGUGGAGGAUAUUUUGGGUAAAUAUUUAUCCAAAGAUGAAGCUGCUGGACUUCAGUCUUGGGACAAAGAUGAGGUCAAGGCCAUCAAAACGUUUGUCAGAACGAAGAGCGGUCGGAUCGUGGAGAAAAUGGUUUACGUGUCGAAAGAGGACUACGAGGCUAUAAAAGAAGGAAAAAAGGACGCUAAAGAAAUCCUAAAGCAUUACGUCAACGCGGAUGAGCAGGUUGCGGGAUGGGAGGAAGCGAAGAUGAAGACAAUUAAAACUUAUGUACGAACAAAGAGUGGUCGUUUAGUUGAGAAGACCAUCAUGAUUUCUCAAGAAGACUACGACGCCAUGAUCAAAGAUGGACAGGAUCCGAGUGACAUACUAAAGAAGUAUAUUCAGAUUGAAGAUGGGGAGCAAUUGGAGUCCUGGCAGAGUGCGGAACCUAUGAAAGCCAUCAAAACAAAGAUACGGACAAAGAGUGGACGAAUUAUUGAGAAAACGAUUAUGGUUAGUGCUGAGGAUUAUGAUAAGAUGAUUAAAGGUGGAGGUGAUCCUACUGAUAUCCUCAAGAAGUAUGUCACCGAGGAGGAUGGACAGAUAGAAUCUUGGGAGAAGUCACCAGAUGGGAAACCUAUGAAGGUGGUCAAGACAGUUAUUAGGACCAAGAGUGGUAGGUUGAUCGAGAAAACUAUUCUUAUGACCGAGGACGAGUUUCAAGAGUUCCAGGAAUCAGGCGGGAAUCCGGAAUUUUUAAAGAGAUUCAUCACCUUAGAGAAAGGAGAAGAGAUCGAAGAUUGGGAAAAGGCUUCUACGGUUUACUCUGCUGCUUCUGAUGAUAUUGAAAUGCAAAAAGCUAAACCAGGCCAAAGGAUUGUGGGUAAAGAUGGCGCUGUGUAUGAGGUGGUGGUGGAUCCAAUCACGGGUAAAAAAUAUAAAAAAAAACUGAAUCACCCAGAAUCUGACGUAGACAGUGGUAUUGCGUCCAUGAAACGCGGAAAGGGUAAAAAGAAGAAGGGUGGUAAAGGAGGGACUGAAGGGGACUGGGAGGAAGAGACACCCAAAGAAAGGGCGAGAAGAAAAGCUGGAAAACGAGAUGAAGACAGCGAUAGUGAAUACAGUUAUAAAAGUUAUAAGAGUGAUGGCGGCACAAGGCACGUGACCAGAAGACGGAAGAAAGAGGAUGGUACAUAUAGUGAACCGGAAUCCUAUCACAGUGACCAGGACGUGGAGGGAGCUGCCCGACGUCGACGUCGUAGAAGAGAGCGAGCACACGAAGGAAGUGCGCACAGCUAUUACAGUGUGGUGAGCGAGGGUGGUACAAGGCAUACUAAACGAAAGAAGAGAAGGGCGGAUGGAACUUACAGUGCUAGUGAGUCUUAUCAUAGUUCCGACAGUGAGUUAGAAGGCGGAGGGAUCGCUAACAAGAAGAAGGGGAAGAAGAAGCGACGACAACAUGGUAGUGACAGCGACCAUAGUUACUAUAGUGAAGUUAGUGUGGGAGGAACUCAUCAUAGAAAAAGAAAGAAGAAACUCCGUGAUAAAGAUGGGAAAGUUAUUGGUUAUGCUGCUCCAGAGGCCUAUUCAUCAGAUUCCGACGAUGAAACUGUUUAUACGGAAGUAUCGGAUGGUAAAGGUGGGAAAAUGAAAGUUAAAAAAGAAAAAACUAACAAGAAAGGGGCUGGUGGCGGUGGUAAAGGCGGGCAAGGUGGUAAAAAUAAAGGCAAAGGAAAAGGGAAAGGGCGGCGAAGCUCAUCCGCCAUCUUCAGUGAUGACAGCACCAUUUCUGAGGACGUUGAUUUGGAGAAUAUGACAGAGGAAGAAAAGAAGCAAUAUUUUGAGGAAAAAGCGAAACGAAAGGCUGCCAGAGAAGAAAGGCGACGAGAGAAAUAUGGCGAUAAAUACGAUGAAAUGGUUAAAGCGAAUGACAAACGUAAGAAAGAGAAAGUCGCUGCUGGGGGUAAGAAAGGUUCCAUCAGUGGUGAUGGUAAGAAACCUAAGAGUAUGGUUUCGUAUGAGAAGGGAUCGAAGAGGGAUAUUUUAGACCCUAUUAAGAAAGAAGAUGGACGAGAACCAGGACUAGGGCAUACUGGUAAGGGCAAAAAGAAAGGCAAAAGAGAUGGACACGAAGCAGAUGACGAAUCAGACGAUGAGUAUGAUGUCACAACAGGGAAGAAAAAGAAGGGAAAACAACACCGACCACAAAGUAGCGAAUCACAGUUUGAUUAUGAAUAUGAUGACAAGGGUCGAAUUAUUAAAAAGACACGACGAAAGAUGGUGGACGGAGACAGCGGAUCAGAAUAUGAAUAUGAAUAUGAUAAAGAUGGGAAUUUAAAAGAAGUGAAAAAGAUUGAAAGUAAAGAUAAACAAAAGGCAAGCAAAGAGGAUGGCAAUCCGUUUGAGGUAGACGAGGCCGGUAUGCUAAAAUUAAAGGCAGGAAGAAAGAAAAUAGACAUAAGUCGACUCACUAAUGAUGCUUUAUUAAAACUGGGUAUCGACCCUAAUGCAAGUAAAGAAGAAAUCGCUCGAAAACUUAAGGAGAUGUUUGGUGACGAUCUUGUAAUAACAGAUGAACAUGGUAAAAUUGGAACCAAGCGUCUCGCUGAGUAUGGUAGCGAUGUUGAUGAUGAUGCUUUAGCUGCAGAUAGUGACCUAGAUAUAUCUACUUUAACAGGAACGAGACGAGUUAAUGUAUUAAUGCGUCGAGGUGGACAGGAAAUCAUUGAUCACAUGAAGAAAGUUUUACAACUAUGUAAACUUAGAGAUGAUGAUCAAUACGCAAAAGAUCUGGAUGAAAAAGGUGCCGAUAUAGACUUCCUGUCUCAUUAUCGACUGGUGGAUUCUAAGAAAUUAGAUUCCUAUGCCCGAGCAUUUGUUGUGGAAGAUAUGGACCGCGAUGUAGUGCUCUCUAGCAAGGAUUCACGAAGAGCUCUAGGUGGUGUUCCUAGCUUACAAGAAAUAACGCCAAAACAAUUAGAUUACGUUCUAAAGGUUUUGAAGAUAGAUGAUGCUUCACAAAUAACGUUUAGGAUGUUUGCCGUUAUAUCAGCUUUAUCUGAACGUGUUACACAAAUGGAUCCCCUGAGUAAACAUUUAUUAGAGAUCUGUGAUUUGCUGGACAUUCAGAGGAAGAUGGAUCUCUAUAGAGAAAUGUUUUAUUGUAACGCUAAUUCUGAUCGAGAUCCUAAUUACAUCAAAUGUGAAUCUUUAAGAAUAGAAUUAAUGGCCGGAGGAUUGAAUUGGAAACAACAGCAGUUUAUCAUGGACCGUCUUCAGCCCAAUAAUUUUAAUGAGAUUUCCUUUCUGGACUAUAUUUGUUAUAUCCCUCUCUUCCUGUCUAUGCAUGAAAACAUUUGUGAUAAUCCACUCGAUAUGUCGGAUAAUAAAUACGAUUCAAUGACGAGAAAACCGUCUGGGGGUACAAGACAGAGGGAUAUUAACCCUUUAGGCUUCCCUCUACGUAAAGAGUCGUCUUAUCAGAUGCGGCAACAGGCCCAGGAUCUUAUUGCAGGAAAAAUUAAAAUUGAAGAUGUGAAAGAGGAAAAACGAGAUUUAUUACAAAGAUAUGCAAAACUACCUAAGUUACUCGAGAAGGAACCAGAACGCCAUUCUGGGGAUUCCUCUCGUUCAUGAUCCAACUAAACUGAUCAAAGUUGAAGCUGUGAUAUUUAUAGUGUGAAUCUGUCGAUAUAUGUUUAAUAUAUUUAUUUGCAAAACCAAAAAAACAGUUACACCGAGAUGUACUGAAAUUGUUAGUCCCGAUGUAGCCGCCGAAGAUCGCAGUUGGUUGUAACUAUGGAUUCGAAGUGAAUAGCUUGGUUCACGGCUCUGUGCAUGCCCAGAACCCUGUGCCAUAAUAUUUAAUAAAGAAAGCAACACACGUGUGCUUAAAAUCUUUAUUUUUGACCAACGAUUUGUAAUAAUCGGGCAAUUAAUCACUGAAGACUUGGUCGUUAAUAUUAUCGUGCCAUGGACUAAUAUAAGUCAAAGUUGUAUUCCAGAAUGUUACUACAAGUUUAUACAAUAUAUUAUGGUGCCAUGAAAAGAGCUAAACCAAAAUCAAAUUAGAAGAACCGACUUCUUCUGAUUCAGGAGGUUUUGUUGCUAUCCGAUAAAUCAGUUGAAUUUAUUGCAACCGAAAUCUCUGUGAUUAUAUAUUUAUUGCUGUUUUACUUAAAUCUGAACGUUUGUAAAAUUCAACCUAUUCUAAACAAAAGCUCAAUGCUCUAACUGUGAGCUUAUUCUACACAAAGCUCCAAUUUUUGUAAGAUUUAACCUAUUCUAAAAACAAAACAAUGCUCUACUUUGAGUCUAUGCAACAUAAAGCCUUAGUGUUUAUAAAAGUGAUAUUACUUGCGACCUCGUCUAAAUUUAGACUAUUCUAUGCAAAAAUCCAGUGCUUGCAAAAUCUGAAUGUGUUCGGGUAAUAGAAACCGAAAGUAGUUGAUUUUUUUUAAAAACCUAACAGUAUUAUUGUGGAAUAGUUUAAAAGAGUGCUUAUAAUAUGUACACGUAUUGUUAUAUUGUAUCGUAAAAUAACAAAAUCUUGCGGAUUGAUAAUAUUGCGAUUGGCCUUGUUGGGCGAAAAGUUAUGCGACAUGCUGCUUGGUGGUAUUCGCAUUCGACUUCCCCUAGUGCUUACUGCGAUAUCACUACCGUGGAAGCAGACGUUAAACCACAGCUACUACUACUACUACUACUACUACUACUAGUAGUACAGGUGGUUUUCAUUCUGGUGAUAUGCGUUCGCAUUUUUGGUAUUGAUAUAAUGCACGCAUUAAUAUCUUGUUUUACGGUAUUGAUAUCAUACACACAAAUUAAUAUCUUGUUUUACGGUAUUGAUAUCAUACACACAAAUUAAUAUCUUAUUUUACGGUAUUGAUAUCAUACACACAAAUUAAUAUCUUAUUUUAUGGUAUUGAUAUCAUACACGCAUUAAUAUCUUAUUUUACGAUAUUGAUAUCAUACACGCAUUAAUAUCUUGUUUUACGAUAUUGAUAUCAUACACGCAUUAAUAUCUUGUUUUACGAUAUUGAUAUCAUACACGCAUUAAUAUCUUGUUUUACGGUACUGAUAUCAUACGCGCAUUAAUAUCUUAUCUUACGGUAUUGAUAUCAUACACGCAUUAAUAUCUUGUUUUACGGUAUUGAUAUCAUACACGCAUUAAUAUCUUAUUUUACGAUAUUGAUAUUAUACACGCAUUAAUAUCUUGUUUACGGUAUUGAUAUCAUACACGCAUUAAUAUCUUGUUUUACGAUAUUAUACGAGUGAGUUGACAUGUUGUUUUUAUUAUUAUACAGUUGUACAUUUUAUUGUUUUGUUUGUUUCCAUGUUUGUAUUUUUUACGUUUUUAUACGCAUAUGAAAUUAAAAAAGAAAAAAAAACCAACUAAUAUCAAACGUACUUGUUGUUGUUC